UUUAACAUCCUCUUCCAACCCAAACUAUUCUAUGAAUCUAUGGGUUUAAAGCAAACACGCUAUCAGAGGGACAUUCUGUCUAACUUCCAAGGAAUACAGUUACUCAGAUGAAACUUAACUCUACUUUAGCUUAACUCAAAAACAUUCCACUUUUUGUAACAGUGACCACUCCUCGUAUCAGGAUGGGCUCCUGCCCCGCUGCCCUCCUGACUGGGACAACCAUUAUCCCUGCCGUGCCCAGACUCACUCGGUCGCCCACUCCCACCGUCGCUUGCUCCAGGAGCACCAAGCCAGGGCUGGGGGCGCAGCUUUGCCCCCCACUCUUUUCCUGGAAGCGGCCCCCGCGAGCGGCCGGCUGCCUCAUUUAGCUCGUUACUGGCUAUGGAGAUGCGCACAAAGCAGACGUUCCUUCUGCAGAUUAAAAAGCUCUCAGCACAGCAGCCCUCGUUACCGCUAAUGCCUUCCCAGAAGUCCUGUACUGCAACCCUGCACGCUGCAAACAGGCCCUAAUGAGUUGGGCUGAGGUCUCACUCAGGGGCUACGUCAGCCAAAGGCCGGAGGGACCGAGUCCCAGUCCCUCCCGGGCUGGGGAUGCAGAAGCUGGGAGGAUCAAAAUGCUCAGCCACAGGAGUGGGGCUGGUUGGGGCACUCAACACCCACCUGGGCUCUGGGAAUGGUAAAGGAAGGAGCGGGGCUGCCAAGACUGUCUCAAACACUGAUGAGUCUACAUCCAGUGCAGGAGGCAGCUGGGGGCUGUGCUCUGAUGACCCAGCUGGGUGCUGAGUGCUUCCUGCAGCUGGGGACCAAACCCCUCUCAUGAUUUAUCUCCCCAUUUCCUUGCAGGGCUUCAGCCGCCCAAGGACAUGGGCAUUUCCAAAGGAGCCCAGAUGAGCUGCUAACCUGGGGAUGGGCAGGCUGUGGGCAGGCAGAGGGGGAUGCUGGCAGGGAAGCAGAGGAGGUGGCAGCCCCUAGGAUGUUGGGUGCUCAGGCAGUUUGGGACCCUGUGUGUGCAUCUGGGAAUUCAGGUGGCAAGGUGAUUCCUUUCUGUCUUCUGGCACUGAGGUUUGUAGGAAACAGCUCUCAGGUCUGCUGCUGUUGGUAGAGGAGAGGACUGCGGAGGUUCUGUGAAUGAGCAGCAUCUCCCGUCGCAGCCUCUUUUGGCUUGCUUCCCUGCCUGGCUCUUCAUCGUGAAAGGCCCAGGAGUGUUGAGGUCAGGUCCUUCUCCUGAUGGGGAGCUGGGUGCUGCAAGCUCUUAUCCUUUUGGGUAAUUCCCUGUUGUACACAUGCCAACGCUGCUUGAAACCCUCUGUUCAAAUGGCUGGAACAGGCACGUGGUGUGCUGGGAUGCUGCAGCUGAUAGUCCCCUGCAGCCCUGGCCGGGAGAGGCUGCAGAGAUGUUGCCUACACCAGCGCUGGGCCCAGUGGCUGCGGGGCUGUAGCUGCAUCAGGCUUGCUGCAGCUCCCUUUGUGUUUUGGAUUGUUCUUUAAAGGUCUCAGCACCAAGAAGCUCAAGGAUCUACAUAUGGUGUCUAUAAAAGCCAGUGUCGGGGCUGGGGAGAACAGUGGAGCUAGUUCCUUCCUUCCCAUGGUGAAGUUCCCUUCCUUCCCUUCCUCCCCUGAGAGCACUUGGCUCUGGGGAGCUGCAGAUUUUCUAAAGGAGAAAUGAAAAGAGAGAUGUGGUUAAUAGAGGUGAGAGCCUGAAGAAUCUGCAGAUGGUGAGCGGUCAGGAGUGGAAGACUUCUGGAGGCUCUGGACUGUGUGUGGACACCUGCCAGGAGCUGUGGGUGGGCAAUGUUCCCUUUGAAAACCGUUAGAGAGCUUGGCGUGUCUUGGACAAAACGCCUGCUGCCCUGGUGUUUAACUGGGAACUGAGAGAUGUCCUCAAGCCGCAGCCUUGGCGCUGCUUAGGCAUGACUGGAAAGGCAAGCGGCCUGGAAGGGUGGUGGGGAUUGCUCCGUGGCAUUUGGGAUCAGUGGGGAUCUGUUCCUCCCCGCAUCCAUGCGGGGUGCAGAGAUGGAGUCCCCCCUCCCGCCUAUCACCCUGCUGCAGUGUCUCUGUCCAGACAAAGCCCGUUUCCAGAGAAGCCCACCUACUUGGUAGUUAGCGAAGUCAUGUGGCUGCAGCACUUAAUUAAUAAAAAGCCAAUAUAAAUCCCAGUAAGCAUGUGGGGAGGAGGACAUCGAGGCAGACAGCAGUAGCGGCGCUCCUGGCGAGCUCAGUGGAGCAGCAAGCAGCAAGUCUCCUCUGUGCUUGAAGAGGUUGUUCCUCAGGACCAUGCUGAACGUGGUGCUGCUGUGCUGCGGACUGCUGCAGGGGCUCCAGGCCAUCCUUGCUGCCGACCUUGGCCGUGGCCAUCUGCUAAAGGCAAGUGGUGGGCUGGAGGGAGCUGACAGAGCCCACUAUUCCAGCCUGCUACGGAAAGUCAAGGAGGUGUCUGCAGAGCCAGCGGGAGCUCUCCCCAGGAUGGGGUUCGAGCAGAUGGCCCUGGAGGUCCAAGAAGCUGAUGGUGACCUUGUGCAGAGAGUUGGCAUGCUGGAACCACAGCAGGCAUCGUCCACAGAACUGCUAGCUGCGGGCCGUGAGGAGCGCUCCCCUCGCCGCUGCGUCCGCCUCCUGGAGUCCUGCCUCGGGCACCAGGUCCCCUGCUGCGACCCCUGUGCCACCUGCUACUGCCGCUUCUUCAACGCUUUUUGCUACUGCAGGAAAAUCAGCACUGGUUUCCCGUGCGGCAAGAACUAGCGCCUGUGCCCCAGGGCCACCUGCUCCUCAUCCAUGCGUGCUGCCUCCUCCUUUGCAGCUCUAA